CGCCCAACCAGCCGUGAUGUCCGCGCGCGCCGGAGGCUUCCUCCCGCCGCGGCCCCGGGCCCUGGCGCCGGCCGCGCCUCUGCUGCUGCUGCUGUUGCUGCUGCUGCUGGACGCCGGCGGCGGGCGCGGGGGCGCCUGGGCCCAGGAGCCGGGGUCGGCGGCGGACGUUGACCCCGCGGCCGACGGCGGGGACGGGCAGGACCCACACGCCAAGCACCUGUACACGGCCGACAUGUUCACGCACGGCAUCCAGAGCGCCGCGCACUUCGUCAUGUUCUUCGCGCCCUGGUGUGGACACUGCCAGCGGCUGCAGCCUACCUGGAACGACCUGGGAGACAAGUACAACAGCAUGGAGGACGCCAAGGUGUACGUGGCCAAGGUCGACUGCACAGCCAGCUCGGACGUGUGCUCCGCCCAGGGCGUGCGUGGGUACCCCACCUUGAAGUUUUUCAAGCCUGGCCAAGAAGCUGUGAAGUACCAGGGUCCCCGGGAUUUUCAGGCCCUGGAAAACUGGAUGCUGCAGACGCUGAACGAGGAGCCCCCCACACCGGAGCCCGAGGUGGAGCCGCCCCGAGCCCCCGAGCUCAAGCAGGGCCUGUACGAGCUCUCGGCCGGCAACUUUGACCUGCACGUGGCACAAGGAGACCACUUUAUCAAGUUCUUCGCCCCGUGGUGUGGUCACUGCAAAGCUCUGGCUCCGACCUGGGAGCAGCUGGCUCUGGGCCUUGAACAUUCCGAAACUGUCAAGAUUGGCAAGGUCGAUUGCACACAGCACCAUGAACUCUGCUCAGGAAACCAGGUCCGAGGUUAUCCUGCUCUCCUCUGGUUCCGAGACGGUAAAAAGGUUGAUCAGUACAAGGGGAAGCGGGAUCUGGAGUCGCUGAGGGAGUACGUGGCAUCGCAGCUCCAGAGCACGGAGAGGGGCGCCCCGGAGCCCAUCCAGCCCUCGGAGGCCCCCACGCUGGCCACUGAGCCCGCGGCCGACCAGGGCACUGUGUUGGCACUGACGGAAAAUAACUUCGAUGACACCAUCGCAGAAGGCAUAACCUUCGUCAAGUUUUAUGCCCCGUGGUGUGGGCAUUGUAAGAGCCUGGCUCCUACCUGGGAGGAACUCUCGAAAAAGGAAUUCCCUGGCUUGGCGGGGGUCAAGAUCGCCGAGUUGGACUGCACUGCGGAACGGAACAUCUGCAGCAAGUACUCGGUACGAGGUUAUCCCACAUUGCUGCUUUUCCGCGGAGGCAAAAAAGUCAGCGAGCACAGCGGGGGCCGAGACCUGGAUUCCUUGCACCACUUUGUCCUGCGCCAGGCGAAGGAUGAACUGUGAGCUCGGCUGGAAGCUGUCUCCUGCCUGGCCCUGGGCAGGAGCUCAGUCCUGCGGCCGCUGCCCGCUCCCUUGCGGUGGUGACUCAGAGAUCCGAACGCACUAAACUUGUGCUAUCUUCUCCAUGUGUGUGUUUUUUAAGCCAACACACUCCACAGAUUCUUUCUUAGGUUUCUCUAAGUACAUGUGUAACUCAUGAUCCCUUUGCAAACUAAAUAUUUUCAGUGGCAAGCUACCAUCCAUCCCCUUUAACCUUCUCUCGGUGAAAUCUAAAUGGUUUCCUUGAGACUAAAAUAGAGUCAAGGAAAUUCCAAUUGCCAGACUGUUUUUGGCUUUGGAGUAAUUUUGGUGAAAGCAUCAUGCGAUGCAUGGUUUUUGAACCAUCCGUGCACAAGUUCUGGAAAGGUGGCCUUGCCUUGUGGUGAUAUUGCGUUGCUCUGAUCUGAAGGUCCCAGUUGACUUGUUAAUAACGUCGUUGGUCCGUAGCUUGGAGCGGAUUUAAAACACAAAACCCCGUCGCCUCUGGAAGAGCCACUUUCCCAGCCCCUCCUGGAUCUUCUGUCUCUGUUGAUACCUCUCUCACGGGGAGUGGUGAGCCAUAAUGAAAACGGUGGUACUCCUGACGCGUGCCUGAGUAAGGUAAUGCUGAUGCCGUAGUCGUGUGUGUGUGUUGA